GAACCGGAAGCUUCAACGGCUUCUGGUGAUGAAAAUUAGCUCAUUUUAUUAACUGUUUAAUUCCUUGCAAUUAAGGUGAAUAAAGGAUUCCAGGCUUUUUCUUGGUUUCUAGAGAGAAAAAUGGGGCAAAAUGUGUUGUUGAUUCUGUUUCUUCUGCAAGGGUGCUGGUUCAGCUCAUUGUCUGGGCAGAAAUCUUCAUCGAAAUGGGCGACUCUAAGCGGCAACGCACCAGAAGUCAUAGCACGGGGUGGAUUUUCGGGCCUUUUUCCUGAAUCAAGCGAUUUCGCCAACAGUUUUGCAUUAUCGGUUAGCCUCAGUAAUGUGGUAUUACUAUGUGAAUUGCAACUCACAAAGGAUGGCAGAGGCAUUUGCCGAUCAGACCUUAGGCUCGAUAACUCGACAAACAUUGCCGAUGUUUAUCCCCAUAAUAAAAAAACUUACAUUGUUAAUGGUAAGCCGCUUCAAGGAUGGUUCGCAAUCGACUUUUUGGAAAGGCAACUCUUCAACAAAGUCACCUUGAUUCAAAAUAUAUUUUCACGUCCGAGUAUAUUCGACAAUGUCUUGCCAAUAGCUGCAGUUGAGGAUGUUCAACGUAUGCGUCCACCACCUCGGUUUUGGCUCAGUGUUCAGUAUGAUACAUUCUAUACACAGAACAAGCUGGACAUGGCAUCAUAUGUGAUCUCUCUCUCGAAAACCUCUAUUCUGGAGUUUGUCUCUUCACCAGAAGUCGGUCUUUUGAAGAAUAUCAAUGGCAAGCUCAAAGGAGGAAAAACCAAACUCAUCUUCCAAUUCUUAAAACCAGAGGACAUUGAACCUUCAACUAAGAAGACAUAUGCUUCUUUACUUGAAAAUUUAUCAUCUAUCAAGGCAUUUGCAUCUGGAGUUCUUGUUCCCAAGAAUUACAUUUGGGCUGUGAAUUCAGAUUUAUAUCUUAAAUCUCCUACUACUCUUGUUAAGGAUGCUCAUAAAGUAGGAUUAGAAGUUUAUGCAUCCGGUUUUGCAAAUGAUUUCCCAGCAAGUUACAACUAUAGUUAUGAUCCUGUAGCUGAGUAUUUGCAGUUCAUUGAUAAGUCUGACUUCUCUGUUGAUGGGGUGCUUACUGACUUUCCUUCGACUGCGUCAGAGGCAGUAGGUUGCUUGGCACGUAGUGAAAAGAGUGCUACUCCUUCUGCCCUUGAGAAACCUUUGAUUAUCACACACAAUGGGGCAAGUGGUGUUUAUGCUGGUUGCACUGACUUGGCUUACAAGCAAGCAGUGAAGGAUGGGGCUGAUAUUAUUGAUUGUUCUGUUCAAAUGACCAAAGAUGGGUUCCCCAUAUGCAUGACCAUUGCAGAUCUUACUGGAGACACAACAGCAAUGCCUUCAUUUAUGUCCCGUGCUAUUGUAAUCCAGGAAAUUCAAGAGAAUAGUGGAAUUUUCUCUUUCGAUCUUACUUGGGAAGAGAUUCAGACCUUGAAGCCUGUACUAAACAGCCCCUUGGGACCUGCAGCCAUGCCACGAAACCCAGCAGUCAAAAAUGAAGGGAAAUUUAUGGCACUCCAUGAUUUCUUGGUUCUUGCAAAGGAUAUGAAUGUUACUGGGGUUUUGAUCAAUGUAGAGAAUGCAUUUUACCUGGCAUCAAAGAAGGGCCUCAGCAUAACCGACUCGGUCCUCGACACUUUACGCAAUGCAAGCUAUGAUAAAGAGAAUUCUCCUCAAGUAAUGAUCCAAUCUGGAGAUAGUGCAGUGCUCUCUAAGAUUAAGAAAGUGGCACCAAGCUAUAAGAGAGUUUACUUGAUUGAUGAGAUAAUUAGUGAUGCUAAUAAACUCACAGUUGAAGAGAUCAAGCAAUUUUCUGAUGCAGUGAACCUUCCUAGAGCCUCUAUAAUGACAAAUUCAGGGUCAUUUUUGGUGAGCUUAACCGAUGUGGUAGAUAAGAUGCAUUCUGCAAACAUCUCUGUUUUUAUUUCGGUUCUAAGGAAUGAGUUUGUUACGAUUGCAUUCGACUUCUUCGCGGAUCCAACCAUGGAGAUCAAUACGUAUGUCAAAGCAGUUGGAGUUGAUGGGAUUGUAACUGAAUACCCUGCAACUGCAAGCGCAUAUAUGGGGAGUCCAUGUUUCAGUCAAAAUGAAGAUGCAGCAUAUACCAUACUUCCAGUUGAAGCAGGUGCUCUACUGGGUUUAGUUAACGAGGAUGCCUUGCCGCCAGCUGAGGCGCCAGCCCCGGUCUUGACUGUAGCCGAUGUGGAGGAGCCACCAUUGCCAUCGCUUGCUGAUGCAUCUAAGAACACGCAAAGCCCAGCCCCAACCGCCACCCCUUCGCCUAGUGGUGUGCCAACUGGUGCUACCAUUAGUGUGGCCUUGUGUUUGGUCACUAUGGUGCUCGGUCUUCUCUCCCUGGGCCACCAUUAACAUGUAAGUUUGAGAUCUUUAACUGUGGAUAUCAGAUUGUAUGUUAGUGUGUGUUGCUUUCUAAUGAUUUGUGAGACAUUGUUGGUUGUUUUAUUUGUUUACUUGGAGCUUUCCAAGGACAUUAAGGGAGAAAUGUACAAACUCAAUUGUUUGGUUGUAUAAUUUUGAAACUUGGAACUCUUGAACAAAUUUGGCCAAUGUUUGU